AUGUCCAGACCAUCAAUCGGGUUCGUCGGCCUUGGAGCCAUGGGCUUUGGCAUGGCCACCCACCUCGUGAAAGAAGGCUACUCAGUCCACGGCUUUGACGUAUUCCCCGCCUCAGUAGAACGAUUUGCAGCAGCAGGUGGAAUUCCCACAUCUUCUCUCGAAGAGUCAGCUCGGGAGAAGGACUUCUACGUGUGUAUGGUUGCCUCCGCCCCGCAGGUACAGAGCGUACUAUUCGGUGAGGGGGGUAUAGUCGCAGCACUCCCAUCCAACGCGACACUUCUACUCUGCUCCACCGUCCCGGCAACAUACGCCCAAUCUGUAGCGGCGGAAUUAGUCACACUCGGAAGAUCUGAUAUCAAGUUCAUUGACGCGCCUGUCUCAGGUGGUGCGCUGCGUGCCGCAGCGGGAACACUAUCGAUCAUGGCGGGCGCAUCUGACGAAGCACUGGAGAAAGGCCGAUUCCUGCUCCAAGAAAUGUCAGAUGCGAACAAGCUCUAUCUUGUCCCCGGUGGUAUUGGGGCAGGCAGUAAUAUGAAGAUGGUGCAUCAGGUUCUUGCAGGAAUCCACAUUCUGGGAGCGAGUGAAGCGAUGGGAUUCGCUGCGCGACUUGGGUUGGGGGCUGUUGCUACUGCGGAGGCGAUCAAGGGGUCUGAGGCUUGGUCGUGGAUGCACGAAAACCGGUUGCAGAGGAUGUUGGAUGAGGAUUGGAAUCCCGGCGCUAGUGCAUUGACUAUUAUUCUGAAGGAUGUGGGCAUUAUCACGACAUCGGCGCGACAAAGUCAGUUCCCGACUCCGUUAUCUUCGACUGCUGAGCAGGUCUAUCUGUCUGCUUUGUUACAGGGGUAUGGGGCGAUGGAUGAUUCGUCGAUGGUGCGGCAGUACUUCGGUGAGCCGAUUAUGAAGGUAUCGGCACAGUCAGAGAAGGAUUUGCAGCUGGUGCUGGAUCUGAUGGAAAUUACGAACCUUGUUGCUGCGGCUGAGGCGAUUGCCUUUGCGCGAUAUCUCAAGGUUGAUCUGAAGCAGUUCUUUACGCUCGUCAGCGAUGCUGCGGGUGCUAGUCGGCAAUUCAUGACAAAGGGGCUAGAGAUGAUCGAGGGGCAGAUCGGAGGAUCGGAGACGCUCGAUGCGGCUACUGCGCGUCUGGAAAAGGCUGUGCAGAAAGGGCGAGAUCUGCAUUGUCCUCUGAACCUGGGAAAUUCCGCUUUAAGCGUGUUGUACCUGGCAAAGAAGUCCGGGCUGGGUGCUGAAGGAAGCGCUAGUGUGGUGAAAACCUUUGGAAAUUAG